AACACAAUAUAAAUACGAAGAAGAACCAAACAAUAGUCUCCUUACAGAUCUUCUUCUCCAUUUGAUUAUUUGGUCUCACAGGUCAGGAUCUUUCUUUAUUUUAUUUUUCUGCACCGGUGGCUGUCCAAAAAGCCGAGCCUGAGAAACCGGUGAAAUCUGUGGACAACCGGGUUGUUGCUGAGAAGAGUGUAAAAAAUCCAUCAACCUCCAACAGGCAGCACUCACUAUGGCUGUUUCUCAAUAAUGCAACUACAGCAGAUGAGGAAACCAAACAACCCCUGCUGGAGCAACUGUUGGAACCAACAAGAGAUCCACUACUCUUGGACCUCCCCUUUGUGUUUGGUUGUUUGUUUAUGCAGGUUGCUGGAGCAUCAGAAGCUGCAAACUCUAACAAGCUGCAGUUGCACAAGCCAUGUACUAUAGCAGCAGCAGCUGACCUGGAAGAUCUUCAACCAUUUCCAGCACACAACAACAACAACCCUAAAUCCCUUGCAGAUACCAGAGCAACAACAGUAGUACUUGUUUGUGGUCCAGCUGAUUCUGCAGGUCACACAGAAGCUCCAUAUGCAUCAACCAUUCAACAGCAUCAGCAACAACACAAGCCAAAAGCAACACACAAUUCAGCAACAGUCAGCAAAAUCUCAACAAUAUGCAUCAUGCAACAUCAAACUGAUCCCACAUGUUAUAGUUUGAUAGCAUAUGUAGCAACUACAGACCUCAAGAAGUCACAACCCAAACGGAUAACUGGAGACGUUAGUCGAGCGACCUUGAAAAAGUUAGCCGACUGAAGACUCAUCAAAUGAAAUACAUCCAUAUGUCACCAAAUAUGCAACACCAUGCACUGACAUUGCAUGAAGCACUCGCAUCUCAUGGACAAGCUCGGUAUGAAAAAGAUUAAGAAGGCGAAGAUGAAAUGAACGAUCUCGAUCCAUGGAAAUUGGAAGUUUCAUAUACUUGUUCUUCAAUUUAGCUAUGUUUUAAUGUAGCUUAGUUGAAUAGGACUAGUGUAGGUUUUCUUCUUGUAUUGACAUGGAAGGGGAGAGUCUCCCUCAUUUACGUUUUUCUUAGUUUUAUUGUAUCGAGAGGAGUCCUCUCAUAGGUUUAUCGCUUUCCAUCUACCAAUGGAGAUGAGCUGGCCGAUCUUAGUAGGUCGGCUGACUUAUGAACCAUCUUAAGUUCGGAGGUAAGGUUUAUGCCCCCUUCCGUGUUUUUUAUUAUUUUUAUUAUUUUUAUUUAUGUUAAGGCUUGGGGGUGCUGCUCAACCCCUGACUGUGCACGAGAGGUGGGAGCCUCGUGUAGGGUCUGUUCC